CAACAAUCAUGUAUCCCAGACAAAACCCCCAAACCCACCAUCACAACCAUCGCCACGAGAGACGUCACUGGCGAGAUAUCAACAUCAGACCAUUCCCAGUCAACGACAUCUACACCCCCACGCCCAGAGACCCCGGAUAUGACAGCGACACCUCAUCAUCCUCGGCAUCAAUGCCUGCUGUACAUGAACUCCACCGCCGACAUCAUCCACGAAGCACUUCUUUAAAUAGAGGGAGAUAUACCAAUUGCGAUGGGUCGCAUCCUUCGUAUGCCUCAGUUCCAUUCUCUACUAAAUCUGAAUCGGUAUAAGUUGACUGAUACAUUGUUAAGAGACACCCCCCAACAACACUACGACCGCUACGUCUGCUUCAAGGAUUCUGCAUCAAGCCACGCCCACCGUCCAUGUCGCUGUCACAUAUCAUCCCACGAUACCAACCACACUCACGAGCCCCAUCAACACAUCCACUACCAUCGACACUACCAUACAGAGCCCCCAUCACCAACAUCAGCACCACUCUGUGCUGUGCGCCGCAUCCACACUCACCAUGACCCAUCUAGACGGUCCCAUCGUUCUCAAUACCAAUGUCCCCGUUGCUGCUCAGGCUGUGACUCUUCUUGGGUGUGUGAGAGGUGUCGGGGUUUGAAUCGGAGGACUGCGUAUGGGCCUUCUGUACCGGUUGUUAUGACAGUUCCUAGGGGCUGUAUGGGUCGUUAGAGCAUCAUCCGGGAGUGAAUUUAUGUAAAUUGGGUAGACUGUCAAU